ACCCACGUGUGUGCACGCUGUGUGAAAGUGGCCACAUUUAUUAUUGUUUUAUUUCCAGUAUAAAUGACAUAACUUAUUACAUGUGGCUCCGACGUGUAUUUUAUUUCCUUUUGUAACCAUAGACUGAUUUAAACGCGUUGAUUUGAUUUGUAUGCAGUAGUAGUAGUAGUAGUAGUAAGAAGUAUUUUCUACCUCUCUGCUUGUUUGGUUGGAAUGGCAGGAGCUUCAGACCUGAACAACUGUGGAACAAAGUUUGCAGAGCAGCAGCUUCUCCGUCAUGGCUGGAAACAAGGUAAAGGAUUGGGACGGAAUGAGAAUGGCAUCUCCGAGGCGAUCAGGGUCAAAGUGAAAUGUGACAAAGGAGGGAUUGGCCAUAAGGAAAGUGAGCAGUUCACCUUUCACUGGUGGGAUCAUGUGUUUAAUAAAGCCUCCGCUGGUCUGGUUGUGGAGUCUGCUCAGAAUGGGGUGAUGGUGAAGAAGGUAGAUGAAGGAGAGGAGGGCGUGAUCUCCAACAAGAAACCUCGAAAGGCCUUGCUGGACAAGUCUGCGCUUUAUGGAAACUUUGUCAAGUCCGCCACCCUCCUCUCAGGGCAGGAGAGGCCUGAACGAUCAUCAUCCAGCUCUGAUGACAGCAGCUCUGAUGAUGAUGAGAAGCUGGACCUCUCCAGCACCAAGAAGUUAUCCGAUGCAGAGCUGAUGAAGGUGUGUGGAGGACGCACUGCACAUAAAGGUGCCAGGCACGGCCUUAAAAUGAGCGCCAAACUAGCCAGACUGGAACAACAAGAGCAGGAGUUCAUGGAAAAAUAUGGUAAAAAGAGCCAGAGGGACAAAACCACGUCUCCAAGUGAGGCUGUACCCACUGAACCCUGUCCUGCUUCAGACCAGGAGGCGGUACACAAGACAAAAAAGAAGAAAGCAAAGAAGGAGAAGCGGAAGCAACAUGCGGAUGAACUCCAGGAGAAUGGUGUCCAAAUGGAAGGUGAUGACAUCAAUCCAGAAGCUCUACAGAAUCACUCCGAUAAAGAGACAUCGAAAAAGAAAACGAAGUGUUUAAAAGACAGAGCAGAAUCAGAAGACUGUGUAGAUGCGUUUGGAGAUGUUAGUGAGGCAGAACGUUUAGUAUCAAAGAAAAAGAAGAAGCAGAAACGUGUAGAUCAGGUGGCAGCAGGAGGAGAUGAAGCGGAUGGGUGUUGUCCUACACAUGAACCAGAUAGUGAGAACGUCACCAAGAAAGAGAGGAAGAAAGCGAAGAAACGCUCAAAAGAUGUCAGCUUUGAAGCACAGGUCAGUGAGGAUUGUCCAGAAGCUACAGAGAAUGGUGACGGUGUCUCCAAAAGAAAAAAUAAGAAAUCCUCCAAGCACAAAGACGACCAGUCCUCAAAUACAGAAACGAACGUUUUGGAACCUUUAGAGGAGACAAUGGAAACGGCUUCCUCUGAAAUAGAAAAAUCCAAAUCAAAGAAGAGAAAGAAAAGCAGCAGGGAGGAACAGAUGGAGGAGACAGAACAUCAAUCAAUAGAACCAAUAAAAAAGAAGAAAAAGAAGAAACAUGAAAAGUGAAAAGACAUUUAAGGCUCUGUUAACACCACGAUUAUUAAUUAGUAUCAUUAAUGGUGCAUCAACUCUUCAUUUUGAUGCUGUAUAGAUAUCAGAGCUUUACAGAGCAUAGUUAUCAACCUGACCGAGUGGGAUGAUUUCCACAUCACAGCUCACAUAGUUGCAGGUUCUGUCGGUUGCUCCUUAUGUAGAUAAAAACAAGAACACACGUGCCUGUAUAUGUAUUUGCAUACAGACAUAAAAACACACAAGGCAGGAGAUAAUAUGGAAUAGAACAGCUAGUUCUGUCACCAUUAGAUGGAUGCUGAAGACGAAUCAUAAUUUUCUUUGUGCCAUACGCCUAUAAUAAUACAUACACACAAUACAAACAGCCAAUUAAUAAUGAACAAUAACUAAAUCAUACAGUAAUCUAUAUCUACAAAUAAAUAUGUAAAACCUGUUACAGAAAUGCACUAUAAUAGUAAAAAAAAAAAAACAUAAAUAGCAAAUAUAGAAACUCCCGCAAAUGUAACUGAUGACACUGAUUUAGAAUUAUGAACUCUAGAAUAUCAACCAAACUUAAAAUUAAAAACUGUAGUACACAUGAUGAACAGACGUAACAUUACGGUCAUUGAUUGAUUUGAUUACAUAAAUUAUUACAUGUUAUUCAUUGUAAACCUGUUGUUUGCCAACACAGAAGUAGACUUGUUCUACCAGAUGAAUUUUGGUCACAUAAAAUUAUGGUUAACUAAAAUAAAGCUACUAGUUUAUUAAUGGGUCUGAAUAAAACUAUGGUAGUUUAGGAUAUUUAUUUUGUCUUGGCAAUCGCUGUGUAAUGCAUUAGUCUAAAAUGAAAUGUUUUAGUAUGGACAAAAGAGAAAUUUAACUUUCAAAAAAUGUUGCCAUAAUUUUAUUUUGUGCAUAGAAUGAUUAAAAAUAUCUGUAGGAUUGGCUGUAAAAAGCAAGUAUUGAUCAGUGCUGCUUUGCCAGCAAUACAUUGACAAUGCAAGCUUGAUUUGCUAACCUACAGUUGUGUUUGAGCUUUACUUGCGUCAUUUAUGCCGUUGAUUGGAUUUUAACACACACUCAUGCCAUUAACUGUGACAAGUGAGUCAGAUUAAACCCAGUGUUAUUAAAUCCAAAGCAUUUGGCCCAGUAGCUUCCCUGAUACUGAACUUUGGUGCAUCCUUAACGCUUUACUUGAAUGUUGCAGGCCGAGUGCUAUUCACGAUUGCUUUAUGAGUGCUCUAUGUUUUUUGUAGCACUGUUAUAAUUCGGUUGUAAGUCGUAAUGAACUUUUGUAACAGUCAGAUUCAGUUUAGGUCAGUAGUGGGCAGAUUCCUCAUGCUGUGACUCUCUAGUGAUGAACUUUAUUAAAAUUAUAAUGUGUAUAAUGUGUGCCACUUCUUAAAGAGACUUUUAAGGUAA